UCUAUAUGUAUUUAUGUAUGUGGAUGAUGUCAAGCUCUGUUUUCACAUAUAAGGACAUUUCACUUCAAUAUCGCUUACAAUCUGAACUCAAUAACUUUCAGUCAUGCUACUUUUUGGCUACUUACUCAUUCUGCGAUGGUUCUCUUGAGGGAAAUACUCUAGUUGAUGACCCUGAUUUUGGACGCCAUACCAUGGGCCAUGGCCGUGCUUGGGUUUAUAAAGAGGUGGUCAAAGGAAUUUGCACCUCGCUAGUUAACUGGGAUGCAAUUGUGCGAUUGCCAUCUUUCCCAAAUGUCAAUACGGGAGCCUUUGCCUAUCCAUGUGCUGGGGCUGUCAUCGCGCGCCGUGUCAUCCUGACGGCCGCCCACUGUGCGCUGGCCAAGGCCGAUGGGCAUCGACUGUCGUCAGUGCGCGUGGGCGAGUACGACACCUCCAGCGAUCCGGACUGCGCCAACACCGGAUUCUGCGCUCCACGCUCCGUGAAUCAUGCCAUCAGCCAUGUGAUCGUCCAUCCAGACUACAAGCAAGGCAGCUACCAUCAUGACAUUGCCCUCCUGGUACUCAAAACGCCGCUCAACUACUCGGUGGCCACACAGCCGAUCUGUCUGCAGAAGACACGCGCCAACCUGGUGGUGGGGAAGCGGGCGACCAUCGCCGGAUGGGGCAAGAUUUCCACGGCGAGCAUUCGCCAGCCUGAGAUGACACAUCUGGAUGUGCCGCUGACCAGCUGGGACCUCUGUCUGCGCAACUAUGGCUCUACUGGCGCCCUCGAGUCUCCUAAUUCGAUUGAAGGACAAUGGAUGUGCGCCGGCGGCGAGGGCAAGGAUGUUUGCCAGGGCUUUGGCGGAGCGCCCCUGUUCAUACAGGAGAACGGAAUCUUCUCACAGAUUGGCAUCAUGUCCUUCGGCUCUGACAAUUGCGGCGGACUGCCGAGUGUCUUCACGUCCGUGACACAAUUCACCGACUGGAUACUAGCUACUUACCAUAAUCAUUAUAUUACGUCAGAUAUCAAUAGUGAAUUUAGCAUUAUAAACUAUAAUUCAAAUAUAUUUUUUAAAGUCAAUAUCCAUUGUGUGUAA